AUGAAUCUAUUGAACUUUUGGAUUUCCUGGAUUUGUAUCUCUAUCGACAUGGAUCAUGAAUCCGCCGAUUAUCAUGAUAAUAACAAACGAUCUGUUUAUCACUUGAUUACUAUGAUUUAGAGUGAAAUCUUAAGAGAAGCCCAAACCAUGUCAGCCUUAGAUCAUAAACACAUCGUCAGAUUAAUUGGUGUCUGCGAGGUUGAUCCAAUCAUGAUUGUUAUGGAAUUAGCACCAUUGGGACCAUUGAAUCAAUAUUUACUUGACCAUGGGUUUGUGGUCACUAUUAAGGACAUAAUUGCCCUUCUCUUGCAAGUUGCAAUGGCGAUGCAAUACCUUGAAAGUAAACAAUUUAUCCACCGUGACCUUGCGGCAAGAAAUGUACUAUUGGUGAACGAAAAGUUUGCCAAAGUUAGUGACUUUGGCAUGUCAAGAGCACUUGGAAUUGGUAAAGAGUAUUAUAAGGCUAAAAGUGCGUCCAAAUGGCCAUUAAAAUGGUACGCACCCGAAUGUAUCUAUUAUUUCAAGUUUAGUACAAAAUCUGAUGUUUGGUCUUAUGGUGUUACCAUGUGGGAAUCUUUAUCCUAUGGACAGAAACCAUAUGAGGGUAUGGAUGGUCAAGAUAUAUUAAGAUUAUUCCGUGAAAAUCGUCGACUUCCUAAACCAGAAAACUGUCCACAAGAAAUAUAUCAACUCAUGUGGAAAUGCUGGCAAUUCAGGCCUGAAGAUCGUCCAACUUUUUCUGAGAUAUGUCAAACCAUGACAACGUAUUUUCUUUGCUCAAAUAUUUGAUAAAAAUGUUCUAAAGAGAGAAAAAAGUUUCCAGGAAAAUGUAAAGAGGUGAAAGGUCGUGAAAAAAUGGAAACUGAGGCAAUAAAGUGAAAAUUCUGAGCGAGAGGAAUUGUAUCACAUUAGAUUAGCAACAAUCAAGCUACCAAGAGGAAGGAAAAUGAAACGAUUCACUGAAUGAGAUAUUAAAUGGAGAGAGGAAAACGUCAAUUUCAAUUCUGCUAAUUUGCUAAAUUAUCAUCAUCUCCAUUCAGUUCUAUCACCAUCUUCACCAUCAUCAUGCAAAUGGAUCGAGAAACAUUCAAUUCUGAAUACAAUGUAUCUAAGUGAUCAUCAUCAUGGAAGAUACAGAAAAAAAAACUCCAACUGGAAACAAUGGAAACGGAUGUUAACUUUUCAUAAUUAAUGUAAAUGCUCAUCAAAAGAUUCAUAUAAAUGCUACUUGAGCAUGAACAGUUAUCCUCAUCAUCACCAUGAGACAAUUUUAAUCAGGGGCUGAGUAGGAUGCUGGAAAUAAUUUAUAUUCAAUCGGAUUAAUAACAACACUUUUUGACUAAAUUUUACUACUUAUUUUUUUCCUCAAGUUGAUUUAUCGUUUUGUAUCAGAUGAAAAUACGAUUUGGUUAAUCAACUAAUUCAUCGUUAAUCUAGAAAGGUUAAUCUUAUGUAAUAUAAUCUGAAAAAUCUUGUAAUUAUCCGAUGUAAAUUGUUAUGUAUUAAAUUUGAAUUUAAAAAGUAAA